CAAGCCUUACAUAUCUUCGCUCGAUCUGACAUUCGUGGUUCAUGCUUUUAUUUCUUUUUCGUGUGUUGAACCGAUUCGUUGUUUCGAUGUUUCCGGCCAUAUGUGAUUAUUUCGUGUGUUCGCGUAUUUAUAAUUUAAAUACCAAUAAUCAUUAUGGUUUAAAAAUCUCGUGAAGUGACCCCCACUGCGCUGCGAUUUUUGGUGCAUUUUUCAGAGACUUUUGAAUAGUGAUUUUUAUCUAAAAAAUGAAGUACGUGAUUUGGAAAAAUUUCUUUCUUACUCUUACCGUUUAAGAAAGCAGUUGUUUUUGGAUUAUUUUCUUACCACUUCGAGUUAUUUAUUUUAUUGUUGCCUAUUUGUGUCGGUUUUGUGUCUUUUGUUAAACAGACGUAAUAAUCUGCUUGGCUUCUUCGAGUGUUCAUCCUUAAUAGGUAUUUACCUACUUGACGAAUUGCAACAUGGGGAUACAUUUGAACCGGAUUUACCACCAAGGAGGAUCUUUAUCGACAACCAGUUGCUAAUUUUUCUUCAAAAGUUUCUCACCAAUUUCAGCUACCAUGCGUUUUAGUAGCAGGUAUAAUGGCAUACGUCACAACUUACGCCUACCCAAAACGUCAAGAUUCCGGCCAUAAACAAAACGGAAUCAGAAAAAACAAUCACAUAACGCCGACCAAACGCAGGCUGUUUCAUAUAAUUUGUGGUUUCUGUAUUGGACUCAUAAUCGCGUACACAGUAUCUCCUCGCAAUCACUAUCCCUUAAAAAUGUGCAGACCAACAUACCCUUUAAGUUGGGCCGCAGACGGAGAUGAGCCGGCUGACAUCAUUUCAACAGAUACCACCAAUAACUCGUUACUUUUUGUCGGCGUUAUGACAGCUCAAAAGUACCUAGAUACCAGAGCACCGGCUGUCUACAGAACAUGGGGUAAAGAGAUACCCGGCAAAGUGGCCUUUUUUAGUUCGGCUGUCUCUGUGAAACCAAAAGAUUAUCCGGAUUUGCCUUUAGUUGCUUUGAAAGGUGUCGAUGAUUCAUAUCCGCCUCAGAAGAAGAGUUUCCUCAUGUUGCAGUACAUGUGGGAACAUUUCGGCGAUAAAUACGAAUGGUUCUUUCGAGCUGACGAUGAUUUAUACAUUAGACCUGAUAAAAUAGAGAAUUUUCUAAGAUCGAUUGAUAGCAGUAAACCUCAUUUUAUUGGGCAAGCGGGUAGAGGCAAACAAGAAGAAUUCGGGUUGCUGAGUUUAGAAUAUGAUGAAAAUUUUUGCAUGGGAGGUCCUGGAAUUAUAAUGAGUCGAGAAACGUUGAGAAGAGUUGCUCCUCAUGUUAAAUAUUGUCUGCAGAAUUUAUACACUACCCACGAAGACGUUGAACUUGGCAGAUGUGUUCAUAAAUUUGCGCAGAUCCCUUGCACAUGGUCUUACGAGAUGCAGUCAAUCUUUUACCAUAAUUCUAGUGGAAAUGAAGCCUUCACUGGCAACUUGAAGACCAAAGAAGUGCAUCGUGCUAUUACACUACAUCCAAUUAAACAACAUAGACAUAUGUAUCGUAUACACAAUUAUAUGCAAAGUUUAAAGAUACACGAGCUUCAGCAAAGAAAAAUUGGCCUUUUUAGAGAUUUAAGAUUGAUGGAAACUUUAACAAAAUCGUUGCCGGAUUAUGAACGUUUCAAAAGCAUCAUUGUCUCGCAAAACGAGUCCAGUUUGUUUCAAGAGUCCAACUUGUUUGGCUUGUCUCCUGAUUUAAAUAAAUACAAACCGCGCAAUGAAGACGAUAUUUUUCCUUGGGAAAUGAUCAGCCGUUCGUUAUUUUCUCACGCAAAUUCAAAUCCUCGAAGAAAAAUCGAAUCUCAUCUAAAAGAAGGACUUGACGAUGUGAUCAGAGAAGUGAUGGAUAAUAUCAACUUAUUUUCCAGGGAAAGAGGCAGAGUUAUUGAAUUUCAGCAAAUAUUAUACGGAUAUCAUAGACUGAAUCCAUUGUACGGGCCUGAUUAUAUAUUGGAUGUGUUACUAACGUUUAAAAAAUAUAGAGGAAGAAAAAUGACUGUACCUGUACGAAGACACGCGUACAUUCAGCAACAAUUCACAGGUCUUGAAAUACGCGAGAUUUUCGAAACCAGAGAAAUAACUCAAAAUGUAGCUAAAGAAAACAAUCAAGUUACCAGAGAUAAUGUAGUUUCUCUAAAAGGAGGCGAGUAUCCUAACGCUAAUGAAGGAGUGCCAAACAAACAGAUUAAUUUUAUACUACCAUUAUACAAAAGAUCAAGCGCAUUUGUUAGAUUCAUCAACACUUACGAAGAAGUGUGCUUGAAAAGAAAGGAAAAUGUGACAUUAUCCAUUAUUUUAUUCCAUGACCAAGACGAUAAUACUUUGAGUGAGACCCAAAAAAUAGUUGAAUAUUUACAAAAUUCUUAUCCUAGUAGUAAACUGAAAAUUAUUCCUGUGAUGGAAAAAUUUGCUAGAGCAAAAGCCUUAGAUAUUGGCAUGACUCAAGUAAAUAUGGAUGAUUUGUUGCUCUUCAUCGACGUUGAUAUGAUUUGGAGCUCAGCAGCAUUGCAACGGAUCCGUUUAAAUACUAUUAAAAAUAAAGUGGCUCAUUUCCCCAUUGUGUUCAGCGAAUAUGAUCCUAAUGUGGUAUAUGGUCAGCUUUCAUCUCCCAAUCAUAUGAAUAUUAGCGAAGAAUCCGGUUAUUGGAGGUUAUUUGGGUUUGGUAUCAUGAGUGCAUAUAAAGAAGAUAUUAUAAAGGUUGGCAGCUUCGAUUCAUCAAUUGUUGGUUGGGGCAAAGAAGACGUUGAUUUAUUCGAGAAAUUUGUUUUAACUUCGACAAACAUCAGUGUUUUUCGUUCAGUUGAUCCUCAUCUAGUCCAUAUUUUUCAUAUUGUUGACUGUGAUCCUAAUUUAGACAUAGCAAGAUUAACUAUGUGUCGUAAUACUAGAACAGAAACGUUCGGUAGUGUUAAUCAGCUAGCUAAUUUAAUUUAUAAAAAUAAGGAUAAAAUUAGGUAAACCAAAUAUUAGAUAUUAUAUAAGUAUUUGAAUUGAUUUUGUAUAUUAUGUGAAUGUAAAUGUUGAUAAAUAUUUUAUCGCUUCGACCCAAAACAGGAUUGGAUUUAAGUAUUUCCUCUAGACGAACCGACGAACAUUCUUUUGCUGCCUCGUGCCUCCUCCUUUCCCACCUCAAAAUUCAAAAAGUAUCCCAAGCAGCAAACAAUUUUCAGAUGAAACAAAAAAAGUCGAAAGAGCACACAAAAAUGUUGAAUUACAUUAAUUUUUUUAAAUUUUUUGUACCUAUAUUUUUUUUUUUAAAUUUCAAGUUACAUAGGUAAUUUAAAUUUUGGUAAAAUGCAAAUUUAGUGAAAUUAAGAUGGAAAAUUGAAAUUUGAUUUAUUACUUUUUACCUAAAUUCUUCUAUUACCGGGCUAUCUAAGAAUCUGCUGAAAGAGGCUCCACAGGGGCUUCAAACUAUCAUGAAUCGAUUCGAGUGAUCAGAAAUCAAGCGUAGAUAAGACUUCAUUUUCAUCAAAUUUCGAUUUUUUUCACGGAAAACAACCACAAUAUCAUUUUUAAUAGUUUUCCUCAAAAUUUUGCCACCCUUCAAUUUUUAAUUUUGAUGCUCGUGCUCUAGAGAGCUGCCUAUAGUCUUGCCUAUUGAGAAAUCCCAAUCCGACCCUGCUUCAACCUGUCAUUAAAGUUAUCAUCAUUUUCGUUGUGUAAGAUUUUUCCAUUCUAAAAUAAGAGUGAAAUCCGAUAAGUUAUUUAUUUAUUUUCGUUUUUUCUAGAUGAAAAAUAAAUUUAACGUGAAAACAUCA